CUUAAAAUGCACCAGAUGUGAAGAUGCACUCAUGGCUGAUUUUCGUGAGAGACACUGGCAGACAAAAGGCAGACAACCAGCAGAGAGGACUGAAGACAGAAGACCAGCAUGUCCAGCUUGAACCAAUCAAAUUUCAGAGUGCAGGAGUUUGUUCUUUUCGGAUUUCCUGGGCUACAGGACAAAGAAAGCAAGAACAUCCUUCUGGCCAUCUUCCUGGCUGUUUAUUCUCUGAUUCUACUUGGCAACAUUCUCAUCAUUGUAAUCCUUUUACUGGACGAGGGCCUAUAUAUUCCUAUGUAUCUGCUCAUUUUAAAUCUCGCCAUACUAGAUAUUGCAAUCUCAUCUAUCACUGUCCCAAAACUGUUAACCGCCCUAAUGUUUAAUGACAAUAUCAUUUCUUUUGCUGGAUGCUUUGUUCAAAUGGGAUGCUUGUUAAGUUUUCUUUCAGCAGCCUCGUUUCUCCUGGCACUCAUGGCGUAUGACAGAUAUUUAGCCAUUUGUAACCCACUGCAUUAUCCUGCAAUGAUGAAUAACACUAUAGUCAUGAAGCAAAGCCUCAGCUGCUGGGCAGCUGGAUUAUUAAUUGGCAUUUUCCUAGUUUGUUUGGCUCUGCGGCUACCAUUUUGCGGGCCAAACAUAAUAAUUCAUUGCUACUGUGAUCAUUCAUCAGUGGUCAGAUUGGCCUGUGCGGACACGGUGAUUAACAAUUACACGGGUUUAGUUAUAUCCUUGUCUAUAAUGAUUUUGCCCUUGCUUUAUAUCUUCUUUUCCUAUAUAAAGAUCAUCAUGUCGGUAGUCAAAAUUACCACCUCCGAAGGCCGUUCAAAAGCCUUUUCCACAUGUGGAACACAUCUGCUCGUCAUUUGUGUCUUCUUUCUACUGGCUGUCUUCAUUAUCCUCUCCUACAGAGUCCCCGGUGUCUCGGCAGAUGCACGCAUCAUGGUAUCCGUGCUUCAGAGCGUAAUCCCUUCUUUAGCCAACCCUAUCAUUUACUGCUUGAGGUCCAAAGAGAUCAGAGAAAGUUUUGGGAAAACUCUCAAGAAGAGUAAAAUACUGCCAGGUGGUUUCUAAAGCGUGAAGUGUAAUAACCUUUUAGUAAACUUGAAUUAGAUGUGCACUGUAGGACAAUAGACGUGAAUAGCAGUUCAAAUACAGAAGUAAGGCUGAGCAAUACAAACAAAGAUAUUGAGGCUGAGAUAUGAUAUUAAUUGCCCUUGAGGUAAUAAAGAAAUCACUUGUCUGAAGUCAUCAGUUGGACUGUGUACAUCAAAUUGGCCAGAAAUAAGUCGUCAAAUGACCUGUGUCCAUUAUUUAUUUACAGUACAUGUAGCUUAUGUCUUAUCUCAGUCCACAGUCUUAGCUACCAUUCAAUCAACAUCCAUUCAUCUUUGUAGAAUCCACCAUCAUGUCAAACAGCAAGCACACUCCAUGAAAUGUUUUUUUCUUGUUUAACAUAUGUAGCAUAUCAACAUUUGAUCUUCAUUUCAACAGUAACGUUAGGUAAACACGACGUAGCUAAAAUAAUAACAAUGAAAACUAAACUUUGCGAUAAUUUAUUCAACAAAAA